AUGGCCCACGAGAACGUCUGGAACUCCCACCCACGCAACUACGGCAAGGGCUCCAGGGGCUGCCGAGUCACGGGCGACAAGAAGAAGUCCGGCCUGAUCCGCAAGUACGGCCUGAACAUGUCCAGGCAGGCUUUCCGCGAGAACGCCGAGGCGAUCGGCUUCAAGAAGUACCGAUGA